AAUUUAUCUGUUGCAAAACGUUAUGAAAUAGUUUUAUAUAAGAGGAAUUACGUAUACUUUUAUUUUUAAGAAUAUUUUUUAACGAACUAUAAAGCAUCUGAAGAUUUUCAACUAAAAUCAAUUCAACAGUAAAUUAGUAUAUAUUCGAUCAAUUAUCACCUUUCUUUCAUUCAGGAAAAUGCAUAGGAUUUUCUUCUACAUCUACUUAUGUGCCACUGUUUUCUUAUGUGUGAAUGCACUGAAAUGUAGAGAAUGCGGAACGUACGAGUGUCAUAACAAAAGUGAUGAUGACUGUCCUUCUGGCCUUGUGACUGAUAUCUGCGAUUGCUGUCUUGUUUGUGGGAAAAGUGAAAAUGAAAAUUGCGGAGGACUUUGGAAUCAAUUGGGGAAAUGUGGAAAGGGACUUUAUUGCAAAAAAGAGAGCGAAAUCCCACACAGUCCUGGAAUCUGUAUAAGAAAAUAAACAAUAAAAGAUGUAAAUAGCUAUUGUAACACCAAUAUGAAUUAAAAUUUACUUGCAAAUAUAAAAAA